GAAGAAGAAGCGAGAAGAACGCAUAAAUAUUAAAAGUGACACACAGCCGUUUAUUAUGCUGUUAAUCCGCUGGCCUAAAAAAGCAGCAAACAGGUGAAAUUGCCUUUUUAAUUAAAUCAGCAGGAGAAGCAACUGACAUACUAUAGUAAAGAUGGAGAUUGAGGAAGAACCCUGCAGAAUAAAGGAGGAAGAGACAGAGGAAAGCAUAGGAAAGAUGGAGUUUAGGGAAGAACCCUGCAGAAUAAAAAAUGAAGAUCAAGAACAAAUAGAUGGAAAUGCAGGCAAAGCAUCGUUCAGCUGCUCCGAGUGUGGAAAGACUUACAAAAAUAAAUCCACAUUCAGAGUGCACAUGAGAUUUCACACUAGAGAGAGACUGUUGACAUGCACUGAGUGUGGGAAGUAUUUCGCUGAGAGAAGAAAGCUGGACAGACACAUGAGGAUUCACACUGGAGAAAAGCCGUACACAUGCUCUCAGUGUGGAAAGAGCUUCACAUCUAAAAGCACUCUCAUAGAUCAUCAGCUCUCUCACAGCGGAGUGAAGGCGUUCAGCUGUGAUCAGUGCGAGAAAACAUUUGCGUCUGCAGCAUACUUAAGAAAACACCUUAAAGUUCACGCUGGACUGAAGCCUCACUGCUGUACUUUUUGUGAAAAGAGUUUUUCGCGACUGGAAACUUUACAAAUUCAUCAGAGGAUUCACACCGGAGUGAGACCGUAUACGUGUUCAGACUGUGAAAGAAGCUUCAGCACAUCAGCUAACCUGAAAACACACCGGAGGACUCACACUUGAGAGAAACCGCACUGCGAGAGGAGUUUCACUUUGUCAGAAGACUUGAUAGAUCAUCAGAGGAUUCACACUGGAGAAAAAACACAUCAGUGCUGUUCAUGCGGGAAGAUUUUCAGUGUCUUAGCAAGAUUACGAACUCAUGAGAGAAGGCAUUGUGCAAAGUGAGCGAAGUUUCCAUUGAAAUGCGUUAUAAUCAAGUAAAUAAAGUUUGAAUUAAGCCUGA